AUGCUUAGUCGCAUUAGAUCGUCGAAACUAGGCGUUCAAAUGAAUGCCAUUUGUCACUGGAAUCCCUCUGCACAGCACUGCAAUCUGACGGGAUCUGCCAAAACAGUACGAAGAAGCUUUCAGUCGGGCCUUACUUCUUUAGAAAAAGCGAAAACUGCUCGCGAUCUCGUCAAGUUGGUCAAUUCGAGUUCCUUAACCGAGGCAGAAAGCUCGAAAAAACUCAGCGAGUCGCAUACAGCGCGGCUGCCGGACUGGAAGCUCCAGAAACUGUCUUUGAACAAGAAAUUUCAGGGCGAGAAGUGGAAUCCGAAGAAAAAGCUGUCACGGGAACAGAUGGAAAGUUUGCGGCUGCUUAAGCAGCAGUUCCCACAAAUGUCGGCUUCGCAGCUGGGGAUGCAUUUCCAGGUAUCACCAGAAGUGGUACGACGGAUCUUGAAGUCCAAAUGGAACCCAGACGAAGCGGAGAUGUCCAAAAUACAGGAACGUUGGAAACGGAGAAGCGACCGAAUCAAUCAGCUGUAUGAGAACCACAGUAUACAGGGACCGCCUUCUAAAAAACUAAUCCUCGGUUCUGGACGGUCUGCCGCCGAUUUGACGGUACAAAGCAUCAGGAGAACCACCAGACCUGCUGGCAACAGUUCACCAAAACCUCCGGGAAGAAAGCAGACCAAAGGAAAAUUGCAGCUUCUUUCAAAACUCGUGGACCAGUAA